AUGGGUGAGAAGRGGGGUAGUCCCUUCCAGCUGCUGAACCGCGUGCACAGAGACUGCGAUGGUAGUGGUGGAGGAUCCAAGACCUUAGAGCCAAAAGGUCAUGACACCACCAGCCUCACCAACCCGGGCCCGAGCACCAUGGAUAGGAGCCAGGGCCUGGGCACCAUGGACAGUGCUGCUGCUGCUGACAGUACACGCUUCUCUCCUGUUUCACUGGAACUGGACCCCACAGCGGUGAAUAAUGGAUCAGACAUUCCCUGCAGCCCGCAGACGGACACAAAGGACCCAGCACUGCAGAUCGAUAGCCGGCCCACUGCCUGCUGCCCUAACCCUCUUCCUCUCCCUCCAGCUAGCCGGCUGCUCUCCUCCAAGCACUUCCAGAGCCCCUACAUUACGAAGACUAGCAUGCAGGGGGAUGUCUACAACUUCCUAGAGAGACCCAKUGGAUUGAGAUGCUUCCUCUACCACUUCUUGGUAUUCCUCAUGGUCCUAGUGUGCCUCGUCUUCAGUGUCCUGUCCACCAUAGAGCACUAUGCCGAUUUCGCCAGCGGAACUCUCUUCUGGAUGGAGAUUGUCCUGGUGCUGUUCUUUGGGACAGAGUACGUGGUGCGGCUCUGGUCCUCCGGCUGCAGGAGCAAAUAUGUGGGGAUCAAGGGACGACUCCGCUUCAUCAGGAAACCCAUAUCUAUCAUUGAUCUGAUAGUGGUUAUUGCCUCAGUCAUAGUGCUGAGUGUAGGUUCCAAUGGCCAGGUGUUUGCCACAUCUGCUAUCAGGGGGAUUCGCUUCCUCCAGAUUCUACGCAUGCUGCACGUGGAUCGUCAAGGAGGAACAUGGAGGCUUCUGGGAUCUGUAGUCUUCCUCCAUCGACAGGAGCUGAUCACCACGCUGUACAUCGGCUUCCUGGGGCUGAUCUUCUCCUCCUACUUUGUGUACCUGGCYGAGAAGGAUGCUGUGGACGAGGAGGGCAAGACUGGCUUCUCCAGCUAUGCUGAUGCCCUGUGGUGGGGCGUGGUGACGGUGACCACCAUUGGCUAUGGGGACAAGGUUCCUCAGACGUGGAUAGGGAAGGCCAUCGCCGCCUGCUUCAGUGUCUUCGCCAUCUCCUUCUUCGCUCUUCCUGCAGGUAUACUGGGCUCGGGCUUUGCUCUGAAGGUACAGCAGAAACAAAGACAGAAACAUUUCAACAGACAGAUCCCGGCUGCAGCCUCACUAAUCCAGACGCUGUGGCGGUGCUAUGUAGCAGAGAAACCAGAAGGCUGUCCUGCCACCUGGAAAAUGUACGUCCUCACCGGAGACUACAUCCCUACCAUGAGUUCUGAAAACAACAGCCCAAACCUCAGAAACAAGAGCAAGCGCCCCAAGAGGAAACUGAAGAUGGUUCGUGACAACGGCUCCCUGACCAUCACUGGAGAGAAGAGGAUGUAUAUUCCUCAGAUCACCUUCGACCACAUUGAGGAUGAAGACGAGAAGAAAGAGGUCCCCUUAUUUCUGGAAGAACAGCCAGUUAAGAAAAAACUGGACGGCUCUUCCUUGGACAUCUCCCGGACGAGCAGUUUGUGUGAUGACAUGGCCUAUGUCAGCGAGGACAUCCCUUUAACCGUGGUGACAGACACAGCACAGUGA